AUGGCUAAAGCGAAGAAGGCCGGCGACACUAUCUCGUCGCGUCUCGCCCUUGUCAUGAAGUCGGGCAAAGUGACAAUGGGAACGAAGUCCACGCUGAAGUCUCUUCGCUCCGGCAAGGCCAAGCUCAUCCUGAUUGCCGGAAACUGCCCUCCGCUGCGCAAGUCCGAGCUCGAGUACUAUGCUAUGCUCGCUAAGACGCCUGUGCACCACUUCAACGGCAACAAUAUCGAGCUUGGAACGGCUUGCGGUAAGCUGUUCCGGUGUUCCGCCAUGGCUGUGCUCGAUGCGGGUGACUCGGAUAUCCUGAGCCGGGAGGCUUAA